AAAAUAUAGCACACCUGAUUUAUUUCCCUGUACACAUCUGUAAACAUAAUUUUUAUACGGUUUGUGUACAAUAAGUUUUGAUAGACCAUGAGUUUCCGGAGAUUGACGCCGCACAGAAGAAAAAAUUUAAACAGAAAACUAGAAAUUCCAUCAACUGAAAAUGACGUAUGUGCAGAAUUUAAUUAUGAUGCCGUUAAAAAUGCAAUCACCGAUGUCGAAAAUGGUUUAAACGAAUUACGGAAGAAAGUAAAGGCAACAAAAAAGGCCAGGGAACAUAACAGGAGAAACAACUUUGAAGAUGCUAAACAACUUUUAUUAGACAACAUUCACAGUAAAUUUAACUCACUUAAUUCAGCUUUUCACGUAACAUUUAGUGAAAUAACGCAACUGGAAGAAACCUUUAGGAAAUUAGAAGAAGAUUACAGGGUUUUGAAAAAAGAACAGUCAAACCAGGAGAGGAAGAUUAAAGAUUUAACUUUUUCGCUAGAAGAACGAGACAAAAAGCUUAAAGAUGUCGAAAUUAAACUCUCACAAGGAAAAAUACCUAAUUCUUCACAGGAAAGCCCAUUAAAAGAGGAUUACAGCAUGUUAAAAAAAGAACAGUCAGAACAAAAGAUGAGAGUCAAAAAUUUAACUUCUUUGUUGGAAGAGCGAGACAGAAAAUUAAUGGAAAAAGAUGUUCAAAUUAAACUCUUGCAAGAAAAUGUAUCAAAUUUAACAAAGAAAUGCGCGAAAACAGACGAUGAUAGAGUAAAUGUAUCUGCAUACACUGAAUUGUCGGAUCCUAAUAGACCAAUAAAAAUAGCAGAAAAGAUCUCAGAUAUUUUUGAAUAUGAAUGGCCGAAAAGUAUUGAAGCCUUAGAAGCUUUUGAUUUGGAAGAAAAAGAGUGUGUCAAUAUAUUAUUGCAUUUUCUUACAGAUACAUAUGAUGCAUGUGGAAAGAUCGUAUCAGAUUUGGACCAUCAUUUAAAACAAGCUCUGAUUGUUCCUGAGUGUGAAGAAGACGAAGAGGAGGCUCCAAAUCAAGUUGUUCCUGCGGAAAUAUUACAAACAUUGAAGAACUUGAGACUGCAGUUGACAGAAAACAAUCUUGAAAUAUUACAAAAGAAGCUUCGGAGUCAUCUGAGAAAAGCUAGGACAAACGUAACUGAUGAACACAUCACAGCCUGUGCUAAAUAUGUGACAGAUUGCAUAAAAUAUGUUUGGAUGAUACAGAUACAGGAUCCCCAAGUUUAUAUUGAAUGGGAUUUUCCCAGUGGAGCGAAGAUUGAAUGGGAUCUCUUUCGAUCCUAUACAAAAUCUGGAGAUUAUAUUGACUAUAUUGUGUGGCCUGUUAUAUAUGAACACAAAGGUGGUCAUUUGCUUUGUAAAGGUGUUGUGCAACCAAUGUCUGGGAGUAACAAUUAAUAUAAUAAAUAAAUGCUUAAUAAAUUAUAUUUGUUAAA